AGUUUCGGCGUUUGUCCUUCUCCACCACUCCGUACUCCAAUGCAACGACACUUGAGUAGAGAUGAACGGAGGAGCGGUGACAGGGACGACGGAAUCCGGCAUCUACUCGACAUGAGAUGACAUACUGGCCUUUCCUUGCAAACAGUCCGACCAGUGCACGAUGACUGCGUCCCACAGCAAUGGUCUGUACGAAGGCGAGGCUCUGACCACCGCCAGCGACGCCCCGGCAAUAAUGUACUUCAAGCGAGGCAAUCCCAGCAAGCCGCUCGCAAUCUUCAUACCAGGAGCAGCGCAUCUCGCACGGGUGUCCUACGGCGGGCAUACCGGCUAUGACCCCAAAGACUUCAUCGCUCACUGGCUUCCAGAGCAUGGCUACAACUUCCUCGCGAUCUCAUAUCCCCUCGAGACCGAGCCAUCGUUAAUGCCGACCACCCGCCCAGAAUUCACCGUCCGCGAAUGGGGAGCACAAGCAGUGGAAAUCACCAGACAAAUAAUCGAUCGUGAGAAUCUGACAAACAAUGUCAUAUUGCUGGUCUGGAGCAUGGGCGGCAAGAUCAUCCAGCCUUAUGUCCUAGCAGCUAGGGAACUGUCUAUAGACGUCAACUUCGUCGUGCCAAUUGUCGCUACGCCUGCCAUCCGUGGUGUAAGGGAGAAGCCUCCAUUGACACCGAGCGAGGCCGGGUACGCUACUGGGUUAGGUCUCACAGACAGAUACUUCCUGAUACAACUCCAAGAACAACGCGCCAUCAAUGGCGGCAAACCCAUCAUACCCGAAGAAGUGUACCUUCGAGAGUACAUGGGCAACUUUCCGAUAGGUGUUGGCUGCUACGGAGUCAAAUGGUCACACCAGGAGCAGGCGUUCGUUGUGGACGCAAACACAGGCUACGAAGUUGCCGACGAGAUGGCAUUGGCAGAGUUGCCUUUUGUGUGCUCCAUCUCCUGCGACAGCCCGGCUGAUUUGAGACAUUCUGUUGCGGACAAAUACACAUGGGGAUUCAUGCUGACGUUCAAGCUUUUUGGUGGUAUCAAGCCAAGCGUGAGAGCGGCACUCCACAGGAAUGCGGAAGAAGGGAGAGAGGUAAUACGGCUUAUUCAUUCGGCGCCUGAAAUACUCUCAGCGACGGUUGAAGGGGGUCAUGAUUGCUUCAUAGGCGAGAGAGGGGCGAAAAGGACCGCGGAGUUGGUCGUGGAAUUUGAAAAGCGUCUUGUGAAUUUCAAGCAGGAGUUCGCGGCUGCCCUUGGUUAGAUAUAUCGCAUUGCAUCGAAUUGUUAAAUCGACUUCUAAAGAAAA